AUGAUCAGAGUGAGGAAGAGGAGGGCCCUGGUGGUCGUACUUUGUCUGUGUGCCUUGGGUAUGGUCUCUAUAUCCAAAUGGAAUAGGAUGUCCUUGUAUCUGGAAAAGUGGCUUGAGUUGAAGUCAUGCAACUGCCAGAAAUGUUUGAAUGACAGCAACAAGGACAUUCAAGAACUUUUGGCCGCGUCGCCCAAGCCCUUCUUGUCCAAGGGCGACACAAUCUCUGAGUCAAAUUUUUACCGGUGGAGGCGUUUGAAGGGGGAUAAGCGUUCCUUCGAUUUCUUCAAGAUAAGUGCCGAACAACUAUUCACCGUCUUUCCAGCCGUGCCCAAACUAGAGGAGCCGUCGCCUUACCGCUGCAGGAAGUGCGCGGUGGUGGGCAAUUCUGGCAACCUCAAUGGUUCACGCUACGGAGAACUGAUUGAUGACCACAACAUCGUGAUCAGAAUGAACGGAGGGCGCACCAAAGGCCACGAGACAGACGUGGGCAGCAAGACGACGUAUCACGCCAUGUAUCCUGAGAGCGCCAGAUAUUUGGACAACACCACACAUCUCGUCUUCUUACCAUUCAGUGUCAGGGACUUCCUGUGGCUGCUCAGUACCUUUACUCCCAGAGAAAACGGUGAGGAGAACCCAGCGCAGCGAGGCAACAAGGACUUGGUGAUGAUCGUCAACCCCGCUUUCAUAAUCUACGCCGAUCAAGUCUGGAUGAAGAACAAAGGCUACUACCCGUCCACCGGAUUUAUUGUCUUUGUUCUCAGCUUGCAGAUGUGUGAUGAGGUGAGUGUUUUUGGGUAUGGAGCAGACGGAGAUGGAAACUGGUCCCAUUAUUAUGAAAUCCUACAGAACAAAGAGCUGAGAACUGGACCUCACCCUGGCGUGCAUGAGUAUAACAUGAUGCAAGAGUUGCACCGCAAUCAUGUCAUUCGUUUUUAUAAAGGAGUCUAAUGUUUGUCUAAUAUUAAUCAUCUUUUUUUCUUUACGUACGUCAGCUGCUUUUUGAAGCACUUGCUUAUUUCGACGCAAUUUUCAUCAUUUCACUUUGUAGCCACAAUUCAGUAUUUUUGUGCUCUCAUUUGUCC